ACGUUCGGCUCCUGUGCCAUUCGAUCGUUCCGGGCAUGGGCAGCACAAGCAGUAGGCCUCCGGUGCCCCACAUUUGGCAUGCCUCGCAGAUUCCGUCGCAGGAGGGCAAACUGGCUGUGAUAACGGGAGGCAACUCAGGCAUCGGCUACGAGACCGCUCUGCAACUCGCUCGCAAUGGAGCUCAUGUAAUCCUAGCCUGUCGCAAUGCGGAGCGAGGCCGUGAAGCGGAGACCAAGAUACGGGAGACUUUAGCAUCGAAUCCCAAGGCUGGGGCCGUAGAGUUCAUGCAGGUGGACACAAGUGACUUGACCAGCGUGAAGCAGUUCGCACAAGAGUUCAAAAAGACCCACGACCGACUGGAUCUGCUCAUUAACAACGCCGGAAUCAUGGGUGGCACGUACACCAAGACGGUGGACGGCUAUGAGAGGCAGUUCGCAACGAACCACUUGGGGCACUUCGCCCUGACCGCGCACUUGUUCGACCUGAUGAAGGAGAGCACGUCUGCUCGCAUAGUUAACGUGAGUAGUAUGACGCAUCGUAACGCGGUUUGGACGUUUGAUGAGGACGAGAUCAUGGUGACGACUGAGCGCAAGUACAGUCAGUGGCUUAACUACGCCAACACGAAGCUGUGCAACAUCCUCUUCACCUUUGAGUUGGACAGACGCAUGAAAGGCGCCGGUGUGGAGGGGAUAGCUGCUGUUGCGUGCCAUCCUGGCACCACGUCGACGAACCUACUGACGGCGCCGUCCACGUCCAACAGCAAUUGGAUGUGGACGACUACGUUUAUGCUGUGGACUCUGAUGCCGCGUCAAACUAUCGAGAUGGGUGCUUUACCUACGCUGUACGCUGCUACGGGGAGCGAAGUCGAAGGCGGAGAUUUCUUCGGCCCCAAAGGAUUAAACGCCAUGUUCGGAUAUCCAGCACGCGAGGCGCCGUCCAAGUUGAGUCAGUCACCGGCUGCAGCAACCAAGCUCUGGGCAUUAAGCGAGAGGCUCGCACAUUUGUCCUUUGACAUCGAAAAGUAGGUGUAUACGCUCCAAACGCAGCUAUGAAUAAUGAACUGCUGCCAUGUAACAGCUCUGUCAACAGUUCACUGAAGGGACGGACAUUGAUCCGCUUGACUAGUCGGCGGUGCCCGUUGACGCCGAAUCCUUCGGUGUUGGAUCCACUGCACUGCAGUUCAUACAGGUUCUGCUAUGGUACUCGGUGCGGUGGUCCGCUAUGCGGCGCUAGUAUCACUUGCAAUAUGGGGCGCGUAUGCAGCGACUUCAUCACUGGACACAAUCCAGC